GAAAGCAAAACAAUUUCCUUAAAUUUGAUGUCACAUGUUUAUGCUUGUCUUUAGUCUUUUGUCCAAAUCAGAUUUGAGCUAAUGUAAUUUGAUCAUGGUGGGAAUUUUCUUACAAAAGAGAUGAGAGGAAAAGGGGUUUUACUUUCUUAAAUUCAUGUUGAUUGUCUUUGUGUGAUGAGAAUAUUUGGGAUCUUCUGUAUUGAUGUCCAUUUGUUUGACAUCUUCUGACAUGGUGACACAGUCAUGAUGUUGGAAUUCCAUGUUGUGAGCUAAAGCAUAUCUGUGGGAGGGGAUAUGGGGCAUUUCUCUUCGAUGUUCAAUGGUCUGGCGAGGUCAAUUUCUUCGAUAAAGAAAACGAAGAAUUUGGAGGAUAAUGGUGAUGGGAAAGAGGCUGUUAAAGCUAUGGCGAAGGAUGCCAAGAAAAAUGAGUUGAUACUGAGGUCAUCUGGGGUUGUGAAUGUUGAGGGAUCCAACAACUUGGCUUCUGUUUACUCAAAGAGGGGUGAGAAAGGUGUGAAUCAAGAUUGCUGUAUUGUUUGGGAGGAAUUUGGGUGUCAAGAAGACAUGAUCUUCUGUGGGAUAUUCGACGGGCAUGGUCAGUGGGGGCAUUUUGUGGCGAAGAAUGUUAGAGACUCGAUGCCUUCGUCUCUUCUCUGCAACUGGCAAGAAACACUUGUCGAGGCUGCAGUUGAUCCUGAUUUCGAUUUGGGGUCUCAGAAGAAGCUCCAGAGCUUCAAUAUAUGGAAGCAUUCUUAUCUGAAGACGUGUGCGGCCAUUGAUCAGGCGCUGGAGCACCACCGCAAGAUUGAUGCAUUCAACAGCGGCACCACAGCAUUGACAAUUGUUAGACAGGGAGACAAUGUGUUCUUAGCCAACGUGGGAGACUCACGUGCUGUGUUGGGUACGCCCGGUGAUAAUGGGGAUAUGGUGGCAGUGCAGCUCACCAUGGAUUUCAAGCCUAAUCUACCUCAGGAGGAAGAGCGAAUAACGCAGUGCAAUGGGAGAGUAUACAGCCUGGAUGAAGAGCCAGGGGUUCAUAGAGUGUGGCUGCCACAUGAAGACUCCCCGGGGCUAGCAAUGUCUCGGGCUUUCGGGGACUACUGCAUCAAGAACUUCGGCGUCAUUUCUGUGCCUCAAGUCAUCCACAGACAUAUAACAAGUAAAGACCAGUUCGUGGUGCUGGCCACAGACGGGGUUUGGGACGUUGUAUCGAAUGAAGAAGCAGUGCAGAUUGUGUGGGAGUGUCCGGAGCAGGGAAAAGCUGCAAAGCGGCUGGUGGAGCGGGCGGCCGAUGGGUGGAGGAAGAAGAGAAGGGGAAUAGCUAUGGAUGAUAUAUCAGCAAUUGUACUGUUUUUUCAUUCAUCUUCUUCUUCUCCUCACCAAUUUGAACUUGUACCUAAGCUCAACUGAAUUUAAUAUUCUUGGCUACUGAGCUGUACCAAAAAGUUGGGGAUGAUCAGUGCCACAUCAAGAGAUUCCCGUUUAGUUAUAAUCGGAUCUUUAAUUUAAGAAUAUGAAUGCCAUCUUAGAUAGCAAAAGUUGCAUAUAA